UUCCUCGUGCCUAUUUCAUGUUUUCCCAUGCAUGUCUACGUGCGCUUACGAUCGGAUCAUCGUUGCGGUUGUGUGGCAUGUGUGCGUUGGUGGUGAACGAAUGCUAAAAAGGGGGCAGGUCUGUUUUUUGGCGUUUUUGGACCACCAAAACAACCCAGCCAGGCGUGCUCCAGGAACGACGCAAUUUGUGGGAUCCCUGUGAAUGUCUCCUCUUGAUAUCGCUUCACUUGGACCGUGAUUUUCGAAGCAGGAAAAUCAUGGAUGUGUUCCCGAGCGGAGACAUUUUUCAGGAGUUGAAGGUUUUGCACGAGACGGGUUGCUACUCCGCGCUUCCGUCGCUGGAGGAGCAUUGGCAUCAGAACUGUCUGGAGAUGGAGCGGUACUUGAAGGCCGAACCUUGCCAGACACAGGACAAAAAGAUUAAGGAACCAGAGAAUCCAUGGAACAAGUUUAUCCUCUCCUGCCAGCAAGUCAUCCGGGAGAAGGAGGUGGAAAGCCUACUGAGCCUGUCGGACAGCGAGAGCAACGACAGCCGCUUUGACCUCGACACCGACACCCUGAGCCUCUCCAGCUCCAGCGGUGCAUCCUGGGACAGCUCAGGCGAACUCUCGCCCUCGCCCACAGCCACGGUGACAUGCGACCCCUUCCGGGCCGAAUUCAAGGCCAAGGUCAGCACCGUGACACUGACGCCCCCUUCCUCGCCUGAAAUCACUCGGGUGAUGCCAGUGUCCAUGCCUGUGAACCAGUUGGUGGCCGUCAGUAUGGUGCACAUGGACCGGACAACGGUGCGGGUUCGGAGUGUGAACUCGGCUCGGUCUUUGGGGAAACGGGCAGAAUCCCCUGACAGCAAGCGGAGAAUCCACAAGUGUCAAUUUCCGGGUUGUCGGAAGGUCUACACCAAGAGUUCACACUUGAAAGCUCACCAGAGAACACACACAGGAGAAAAACCAUACAAAUGUACUUGGGAGGGCUGCGAGUGGAGAUUUGCCCGCUCGGACGAGCUGACCCGCCACUACCGCAAACACACCGGUGCCAAGCCGUUUAAGUGCAAUAGCUGCGACCGCUGCUUCUCCCGAUCGGACCACCUGGCCUUGCACAUGAAGAGGCACCUCUGACGCCAGAGACUCUCCGGCGGACGAGAACGCUCGGCAGGCAAGAGGACGCUCAUCUCGGCACUGGUAGAUCAGAGGUGAUCGUGAUCUCUUCCUUUCCAUCUGUCAGUGGGUCUCUCUCUCUCUCUAUCUGCCACCCCCCCUCUGUGUAAUCACAGUGAACACUCAUGCACACUUUGGGUUCUGAAAUCACAUGCUCUGUCACGAAAAAGGAGGGGUUGAUGAGCAGCACGGGGUUUUCGAGUGGCAGCCGUGCGGUAUAUUACUGCAAAGCAGUACAGAAAAAGGAUGUUGGCCUUUGGGGCACUGGAAAAGAAGUGUUCUGUGGGGGUUGGUUUUAACCCCAACAAUUUUCACAGGGUUUAUGGAAUGGAAAGGAGAGAUAACGUUCAGACCUUCACACAUAAGAAGGGGUCGUAUGUGGAUACAGUGGCCCGUGUUGGUCCAGUCCUAAAGAACAGCAGUUGUACUGUUAACUCAUUUGUAUUAUGCAUCUAAUCUGAUGUUAAUGUAUGUACGCUUAAAUAACUGUAUGCCUAUCACUAGUGUAAACAAAAAGAAAAACUAAAUUAGUAAGUAUAUAUCAAGUUUACCGAAAUUCCCACGGUGGAGGUACAAUUGCGCAUAAAAAGUACAAAAUUCUAAAACCAAAAAAAAGUUAAUAAUGUUUAUAAAUUGUCUAUGGUCAAAAUAUUGGUAAACUCAAAAAUGUACAAAUUGUAAAAGAAAAACAACCAAAAAAAUUUAAAAACACAAAAAAAACUU